UUUAUUUCAAAUCUCCCCCAACGUCUCUUUUUAAUAUCUCUCUCUCUGCUUUUCGAAUUGUGAGAGUCUCUCUCUUUCUUUCUGGACAAAAGCUAAAAACUUCUCCUUUCUCCACAUUUUUGGGUUUUCUUGUCUUUGUGCUCUUGUUUCUAUUAACCCCAAUUAAUCUCAUCAACAGAUUCAAAAUUUAUUUCCUCUGUUUUAGUAUUUAUCUCAAUCACUCCUUCGUAUUCAAUUGCAAAAGAGAAACCGAGAAAGUAGUCAGCUUGUCUACAUUGUCUUGAUCUCCUUCAAGAUCAUACAACCUCUGGAGAUAGCCUCGACAGCUCUGCGUAAAUCAGGAUGCCAAAACCAAGUAUUAGAGGUUCAGAGUUGCCUCAGAGACAAUCUCCAAGGCUAAGGACAUCAUCACCGUCCAUUUCCUCUGAGCCGAAGCAUCUCAACCGUCCAAUUACAGACCGGAGUCCAAAGCUCGGUCUUGACCGUAGAUCUCCGAGGAGUGGUGGGCCUCACACUGAUCCUCUGACUCAGAAGAAGCUUGGGAGUCGCAUCUCUGGAUUGGAGUCGCAGCUAGGUCAAGCCCAGGAGGAGUUGAGAUUGCUCAAACAGCAGUUGGCUAGAGCUGAGGCUGCCAAGAAACGUGCUCAAGAAGAGCUUCAUCAUAAGAAGAAAUCCAAGAAACCAAGCCCUUCUGUUCCGGAGAGAGACGAGAUUCCUGGUGAUGGACAUCAAGAGACUGAUGUUUUCGAGGUUCUUGUUGAGGAAGCAAAAGAAGGUGAGAAGGUGAAGAGUGAUGAGUUGGCUUCAAAGGAAGACCAAAUCAAUGUACUGAAAGCUAGACUAUACGACUUGGAGAAAGAAAAGGUAUCACUUGGCGAGGAGAACGCAAGCUUGAAGGAUCAGUUGAAGAGGACGGGUUCAGAAAUGUCCACUGCAAAGGUGAAAGAGGAUGAGAUAGCUUCAAAGGUGAGUCAGAUUAAGGAAGAGCUGGAAGAAAGCAACGAGACCACGGCAGAGCUAAAGAAGAAGCUUGAAUCCAUGGAAGACGCAAAAGAGAGUCUAGAAGCCGAGAUGAAGAAGCUGAAAGUACAAACCGAGCAGUGGAGGAAAGCAGCAGACGCUGCAGCUGCGGUUCUAUCUGGAGGGGUUGAGAUGAAUGGUCGGUUCUCAGAGCAGUGCGGGUCAAUGGAGACGCAUUUUGCAGGCAGAUUUGUAGGAUCACCGGGAAUGGCUGAUGAUUUGGAUGACGGGUUAGGGUUUGGGAAGAGGAAAGGUUCAGGGAUGAAGAUGUUCGGUGACCUGUGGAAGAAGAAAGGGCAAAAAUGAAGUGAUAGAACAAACACUAGCGUGUGAUUCAAGGAAGUGUGGGAUGGUCUGAUUGUCUACGAAAUGACGAGCUCAUCAUUUCGAAUUAUAUAAAAUGAUUUCUAGUGAUGAUCAUUUAGAGAAUGAUUGUGCUGCUUUACCAAAAAGCUAAUUUAUCAGAAUUCUGAUUCAAUUGCCAAAUUCUGAUGGUUCGUCUGCACUUCUCUUGAUCACUUGAAUUAGUUUUGCUGACAUUGUUUUGCAAUGUUUAAAAGUUUUGCUGGGAUCUCAUAGAAAGGGAUUCAUCGAUGUCGGCAAUGUUUUGGAAUAAGUUGAAA